AUGCCGCUCAUAAUUCUAACGGGAUACCCCUGCUCGGGCCUAUCCUACCGCGCCAAACAACUCGCCCAACUCCUCGAAGAAACCCAAAACCAACUCUUCGACGCUCUCGACAAUGAGAACAACACCACCGGAGACGACGCAAACCAAGAGAAACCAAAGCAGAAGCGCUUCACAUUCCAUAUAGUCCCCUCCCAUGACCCCGGUCAUCCUCGCACGGUAUACGAUCAUGCACGAACGGAGAAGGAAGCACGAGCGGUGGCAUAUGCGCGAGUCAAACGCGCAUUGGCGAAGGAUGCAUUUGUGAUUUUGGAUGGGAUGAAUUAUAUCAAGGGGUAUCGAUAUCAGUUAUGGUGCGAGGCAAAGGCCGUUGGGACGACGUGUUGCGUUGUCCAUGUUGGAACGCCAAUCGACAAAUGCGUCGCAAUCAACAACUCACGACUGAAUCGUGAAGCAUCCUCCGCCCUAGAUAACCUACCUGAGACGACCUCAACCACAGACGACCUCGCCGAACCCGACACUGAAGAACCAUACCCCUCUGAUCUACACCAAAACCUUAUAUUCAGAUACGAAGAACCCAGCACCCAUAGUCGCUGGGACAAGCCUCUAUUCACUGUCCCAUGGUCGGAUGCCAGGCCACCAGUCGAAGAGAUAUGGACCGCUGCAACUGGGAUCGAAAUCGAGAAGAACUUCUCCUCCGACACCCCCGAAGCCCCAACAACAACAACAACAACAAUAAGUCCUAUAGGCGCCUUGCUGCAUACCGACCCAAACAACCCUUCCCCCUCCACCCUAACGACAGCAGCAGUUCAACCCUCAGACACCGCAAGUAUAGCAUACACGAUUCGCACCACAAACACCCAAGCCCUCAACGGCGGGCGCCUAGGACGCCCACGCAUAAAACCCCAUCAAGCCACCGUUCAGCCCGCGCAAACCGAUUCCGGCGCUCUCUACAACUACGAAAAGAAAACCUCUGCCAUCGUAACCGCUAUACGAAAUUAUACAUCUUCCAAUCCUUCCGCUGAAGCAGCACUUGCACAAUCCACGACUCGACAGGGCGUGAAGCGAGCGGAUGAAGAAGGAAUCUCCAUCACAGUCCCCGACGCUUCUAUACCAGUCUUUAUACCCGCACAUAUCGUCCGCAGUGCACCGACAGAUGAUCUCGCUGGUGCGGGUGGGUUAUUGACACUCCCUCGUCUGCAGCGGUUAAGGAGACAGUGGAUUUCGCAAAAUCGGACUUAUAUCGGUAUGACACAUAAUCAAGUCAAGGGUGCGUUGGGCGUUGAACAGAUUGGGGAUGCGUUUGUAAGGUUUUUGAAUUUUGAGUUUGCUGGGAAUACGCCUGAAUAG